GCCACCGGCAGCACCGGGACGGGGGGAAUUUCGCAUCCACGAUGCUCGAGAUGCGGAGCCCCGGCUCGGCUUGGCUCUGCUGGGGGCUCCUGGUUGUCUUGCCCCACAAAGCCCCGUUUGGGAGCUGCUUCAGCCCCAUGAAACGUGGCAUUUCUGGAAUAGUUUGUCCUUGUUGCUGUUCCCGCGAGUAUUUAUAGCUUCGCAUCCCCUGCGCCUCGAAGCAGCGAGCGGUGCCGGGUCGGCUUUAGCUCCGGGAUGAUCCCACCUUAGGGGAAAAAAAAAAGCUCAGUUUUAUAGGUUCAGGAGCCUGAUUUUGGCACAGAAGGCUGUAAAGCACUAGGUGGGAGGCAAAGAAAUUGCUGGCAAUGACAGGCUGCAGGAGGAGGCCGUGAGCUGAGGGGGUGGAUCUUGCCCCCCACGCUUGGCGCGUCUCCCCGUGGCAGCGUGGCCGGGAUGCAGCCGUCGGUCGCGCCAUGCCCUCAUGCGUCCCCGGCAGCCCGCCCGCCUCGCUGCCCCUCGGCCCUGACCGAGGCUGCGCCCACCGAGCGCCCGGGGAGCCGCGGGUGCCCCCGCCGCUGAGCCCCCGCCGCCCCGCCAUGGCCUCCCUCAUCGUGGUGACCGAGUACGACGCGACGGGGAACGCGGGCGAGGAGGAGAUGAACGCACCCGGCAGAGAGGGGUUUGCGGACGGCCGGGAGCCCAGGGCCAAGCUGCACCUCUCCGGCCGAAAGCUCUCCCUGCAGGAGCAGCCGCCGCCCGCCCGCUCGCCCGGGGGCCGCGACGGCGCCAGCCAGCGCUUCAUCUACCCGUCCCUGCCCUACUCCCCGGUGACCUCCCCGCAUUCCUCCCCGCGGCUGCCGCGGCGGCCCACGGUGGAGUCAAACCGCGUGUCCAUCACCGGACUGCAGGACUGUGUGCAGCUCAACCAGUACAAGCUGAAGGAUGAGAUCGGGAAGGGCUCCUAUGGGGUGGUGAAGCUGGCCUACAACGAGGAUGAUAACACCUACUAUGCAAUGAAGGUUCUCUCCAAAAAGAAGCUGAUGAGACAGGCGGGCUUCCCCCGCCGCCCACCACCCCGUGGUGCCAAAGCUGCCUCUGAGGGCUGCCUGCAGCCCAAAGGGCCCAUCGAGCAGGUCUACCAGGAGAUUGCCAUCCUGAAGAAGCUGGACCACCCCAACGUGGUGAAGCUGGUGGAAGUCCUGGAUGAUCCCAGUGAGGACCACCUGUACAUGGUGUUUGAGCUGGUGAAGCAAGGCCCCGUGAUGGAAAUCCCAACCCUGAAACCUCUCAGUGAGGACCAGGCUCGGUUCUACUUCCAGGAUCUGAUCAAGGGCAUUGAAUACUUGCACUAUCAAAAGAUAAUCCACCGGGAUAUUAAACCUUCCAACCUCCUCGUGGGGGAAGAUGGACACGUCAAGAUUGCUGACUUUGGAGUGAGCAACGAGUUCAAGGGAGCUGAUGCCCUCUUAACCAACACAGUGGGCACCCCUGCCUUCAUGGCCCCUGAAACGCUCUCAGAAACCAGGAAAAUCUUCUCUGGAAAGGCGUUGGAUGUCUGGGCCAUGGGGAUCACUCUGUACUGCUUCGUGUUUGGGCAGUGCCCUUUUAUGGAUGAAAGGAUCCUGAGUUUACACAAUAAAAUCAAGACACAAACAUUGGAGUUUCCAGACCAGCCAGAAGUCACAGACUUCUUGAAGGACUUGAUUUCACGGAUGCUGGAUAAAAAUCCCGAAUCUAGGAUUUCGGUCCCAGAAAUCAAGGAAAGUACUGUGCAACAGCCUUUCACAGGAGAUUUCUGGUCCUCCGCCCCUGCGAGAGCCUGGAAGGGGCGAGAAGCUGAGAAAAUGGAGACUAAGUUGCACCCUUGGGUCACCAAGAACGGAGCGGAGCUGCUGCCCACAGAGGAUGAGAACUGCACCCUGGUCGAGGUGACGGAGGAGGAAGUGGAGAAUUCGGUCAAGCACAUCCCCAGCCUGGCCACGGUGAUCUUGGUUAAAACGAUGAUCCGGAAGCGAUCCUUUGGGAACCCGUUUGAGGGGAGCAAGAGGGAGGAGCGGUCGUUGUCUGCCCCUGGGAACCUGCUGCCGAAACAAGGCAGUGAAGAUAAUCUGAAGUGCAACGACUUGCCCAACGUGGGAGAGGAGGAACUUCUUUCCUGAACACUGACUUUAUGGUUCUGUUGAGCGACUCGGCCCCGGGGCACGUGAUGGAAGUGCAGCCGAGGAUGAGCAGCAUCAGCAGAGCCCACAGCAAGCACAGCAUGCCGCGGCGCUCGCUCAGUGCCGUGCUGGAUGCAGAGCUUCCACAGCAGCAUGUUUUAAGACAUCCAACUACUUGCCAUAAACAUUGAACAUCUCCGGUCCCUUGGACUGCUGACUUCUUGUGGAAGAGGUGCUGGCUGAGAGCAGAGAGGUGAGCUGCCCUGGUGAGCAGCGACAGGUGCUUUGCAAAAAAGAGAAACAGUUAUAAAACAACAACAACAACAAAAAAAAUGCAUUUGGAACUGCUUUUAUUUGGUUUUAAUGCCAAAUAACUUCUGGGGACUGAAGCCAGCAUCCCAGGGUGUUGGAUGCCCACCGUGGAGUUGGUGGGCACACACAGAAGGGUGAAGCUGUGCACUUGGAGACGUCAGGACCCACCGGAAAUGUCACAUCUGUUCCUUGUUGUUCUGCUUUGUUUUUAAUGGACACCUUUUUAAACUGCAUGGGAACAAAGCAAAACCCCACCUUUUCAGCUUUUUAAAGAAUGCCUACUUUUGUGAGCCAAGUUGUGUUCAACUGCAUCUUCCGGACGUUCAGAAAGCGAGGUUAAUUACCCUCCAAGGUAAUUAACACCUUUCCUAAGGUCUUGGUGUGACUAGGGCUUGGUAAGCUGAAUAUUCAGUAUAUGAAAGGAAAAGGUAUUUAAGGGCUUAAGUUCAGUCUGAACUAAUUUUGCUGCAGACAUAGGAGUGAAAGGUGGUGUUUAGCUGAAUGUUUGUUUUGGACAGUAGAAGAAGCACUAACAACAGUUUGUUUCUAAAUCUUUUACUUGAUCUAGGUAGAUAUAUUAUUAAAUAUAAAAUUCAGGGUAAAAUCCUUCACUUCCAUGUACAUUACAUGGUUUACUACAAUUAAAAACAAUACAACUUAUGCUAUUUUAUAAGUAUAGAUUUAGGGAUUGCUUAGAAUUUAAGAUCUUAAUGAAAUACUUAGAUUAGCUAGUAAUUUUCAAAGACACUUUUGUUUUCCAAACUCUUAAUAUGGAUGUUGGGGCCAAUGCUAUGUAUCUUUUGCAAGUUCAUUACCAGUAAUUUGUGAAUGCCUGUGGAUUAGAGGCUUGUUAGUAAAUUAAGUGUGUAUCUACUUCAUGGAUUGUUUCUUAUGAAGAGCUCUUUCACCUUCAGUCAGAUUACUCUGAUUAUUUUGUGGUGCUUGUAAAAAAAAUAAUAAUAAUCUAUCAUGUGGUGAGAGAGACUCUGGAGUCCAGACUCACUUUCCCAAGUUCUCUGUGUUCAAAGCUGGAGAAUGGCAAAGUGUGGGUGAGCUGGAGAAAAGUCAGGGUUUGCUGGAGAAAAGGGAUCAUGGUAAUUACAGUUGUUUCAAGAAAUGGAGUGUUGGGGGGGAAGGUCUGACCUCUUCUCAGUCUGAUGUGGUUGUGUGACCUUGAGUGAGGCAUUUAAAAUGAAACCUGAAAGAGGGGAGGAUUCAAAUGUCCCAGGCAUGUAAGGGACUGCUGAGGUGUAAUUCUUUGCCCUGAGGAGAAAGGCAGUAGGAGAGAGCUGAGUGUUUUGGUUAAGGCAGGAACUCUGCCUGCUAUCUCUGGCCCCGGGUGCUCUGCCUUGGGGAAGUGACUGUCCCCUUGUCUUCCUUGACCUCAGGCACUGCAAGCAGCAGAGCUCUGAGGUCCUUGGCCCUGCUGCAGUUGGAUCUGGCCUGGGGAUUCCUGGUCAGGACGGGUCUUCGUUAAAGCCGGCGUAGCGGUAGCGAGUGCGCAGGUGCCUACACAAACCAUCCCUCAAUCUUUUGGUCACUUGAAGCAAUGCUCCCCCUAAAUCACCAUUGAUUCCCAAAACGUUGUGCUGCUGGUCUCUCUCCAAAGCCAGUGAUGCUGGGUUGUGGUUUAGGAGCAGCACUAUGGAGUUUGGAGCCAUAGGACACGCACUGUUUUCCUCCCAGUUUGGCUAUGCCAAAGCCCCGCAGCGUCAGCUACGGGAAAAACCCAACAGGGAAUUUGGGUGCCAGCACUUCUGCAGCACCUGCUCCCCCCUUUGCAAACAGGAUUUUUCAGGCAGGAAUAUCUCUGUGUGUGUGUGUGUGUGUGGGCAGCAUGGUCCUUAUAACCUUGUAAAUGGACUUGUUCUGCCACAAAAAAAAAAAAAAAAAAAAAAAGGAGGGUGGGGUGGGGGAUCUGGUUCUUUAUAGGUAGUUAGUACCAUGUGUGGUGUGUGUUGUACCCAUGCCCUGUGCUGCGUAUCUCGGGUUUGUGGUUUGGUGCCUAGUGAGACAGUUUACAUUUACCAAACAGGUUUGCCAGAUGCAACGCAGCUUCUGAACAGAAACAGCUGUGCCAGCUCCUCAAGGCCCAGCCACAGUCUCUGGGCCUCAGCUCUGACCACAGAGCAGUGUCUGAGGGGCCUGGUUCCUAAGGAGCCAAAAGCUCAGCCCUUACCCAAGGCACUCUCCAGCAUGACUGGGAGGGCUGCAGCCAAGGGCACAGCUCUGAGAGAAACUCCAUGUGGAUUAUUUUCCCCUGGCCGUUAGUUCUGUUGAAAGCAUAAAGCGUGGCUGUCUGAGGAACAUCUCUCUAACUGCAUGCCCUGUUAGAGAAGCUGUACUGUAUAUACAAAUGCUCAGUUCCCUAGCUGCUAUUCCUUAGUAGUCAAGUUGGCUUUUUUUUUUUUCCUUACAGUGAAGUAAACAUUUUGCUUGUGCCUUGGAACUGGGCUAGAGCUUGAUUUCCCCAACUCCCUUCCUUCCAAGCAAGCCCAGUGCUGACUGUGGGCUUAAUGCUGGGUCCUAAGCCUUUGUGGCUCUGAAAGCACACAGGAAAGUGCUAAGGGGAAAACCAGGCGUCUUGUCUUGGGUAGUUUUUCUUGGUGGUCCUCUCCUACCUAUCAGGCAAUUGAGCUGUUUCUUUUCUAAGAUCUUGGAACUAUUGCUGAUUUUUAUACUGUUUGUUUGAUGACCGAGGCUUGUGUUUCAUUCCUACCCCUUUAUUAUGCAUUUAACUUUAUCAGGUGUAUCAAGUUUAAAUACUGUGUAUUUACCACUUUUAAAUUAUAUUACCUAAGAAGAAGUGUUUUUCCACACAGCUGUUCAAACUUCUCUGUACAAACUGAAAUAAAUGACAUGCAACCAAA